AUGGACCUAUUAGGUCCUUAUACGACGACCCCAGGAGGACUGCGCUAUGUGAUAGUUGCCGUCGACUAUUUCACCAAAUGGGUAGAAGCCGAAGCCCUGAAAAACACUAAGGCACAAGACGUGAGAGCUUUCAUCUGGAAAAAUAUCAUUACAAGAUUUGGCGUGCCUCAGUCUAUUGUCUUUGACAAUGGGCCACAAUUCAAGACACCCAAGUUGGAAAGCUGGUUGGCUGAUCAUGGCAUCACGACAUGUUUUGCAUCAGUAGGCCGCCCUCAAGCAAACGGACAGAAACUUGAUGAAGCCAAAGGGUUGUGGGCUGACGAGUUACCCAAUGUCUUGUGGUCCAUACAAACAACGGCAAAAAAUUCAACAGGAGAAACACCGUUCUUAUUAGCAUAUGGAGCUGAGGCCGUCCUACCAAUUGAAAUGUGUGACCCUACUCUACGCGUCAUGUUAUUUAAUGAAGAUGCCAAUUGGGAAAUGAUGAAAGCGGCCUUGGAUUUCUUGCCUGAAACCAGAGGGAACGCGGCUCUGCGCCAGCAACUAUACAAACUUCGAAUGACUAGGGAGCACAACAAAAGGGUCUCUAGAAGAAACUUAAAAGUUGGAGAUUUUGUGCUAAGGAAGAUGAAAGCUGUUGGACGCGCCAAUGAACAAGGGAAAUCACCCCUACCUGGGAAGGACCAUACGAGAUCUACGAGGAAGUUCGAGACGGAACCUAUCGGAUCCAAGACAUGCAGGGACGUCCGAUUUUGCGCACCUGGAAUGCGGACAACCUGA